AUAAUUCAUUGAAACAUUACUAAUAAUCAACAAUGAUAUUAGAAGAAACAGCUUUUGAAUCUUUGAACGGUAUUUACAUCAACCCCAAGGAUCAGUCCAAACGUGAUAAGAUUUCACAGGAUACAGUAUAUACUUUCAUGCUAGAAUUGGUUAACAUGAACUAUAUAUUGGAUAAACCAGUAAUUGAUGAAUUAUGCAAGUUAUCAGCUGAUAAAGGUGGUAAAUUCUUAAAGCAACAGCUAUUGAUGGUCAAGAAACAUUUGGGGGCACAUGUUAAACAUGAACCAUUCUAUCCUAAUUUCCCACAGCAAGUUAUGGAUGCCUCUCAUUUGGAAUUAUUCAUAUAUGCUAUAACACACUAUUUCUCGUGUGGGAAUUGGAAACCGGUAUUUAUUAAGGAGAAGCGUGUGGAAAUUAAUGAGAAGAACCCAGUUGUGAACUUACACUUGGUAUCUUUGGAUGAGUUGAAAGAGUACUUUGUGAAGUUGGUCAAUUCAAAGACUGGUAUUCCCGUUAAACAUGAUGCUUUCAUUGUUGAUGGUGUUAGAAGAAAUUGGAUUAAAACUUAUCAGUCUACUUACUCAGAAAUUCCAUUCCGAGAAACUUCAUGUAAACUUGCUGUGGAAUGCUUAAAGCAAGGAAAAGAUAUUGGUUAUUUUGUCAAAACAACUACUGAUGUGUUAAGAAUAAUGGCUGUUUAUUCAAACCAAAAACCUGACUUGACCAAAGUUGUCAAAUUCACUUCUAUGAAAAGAAAAGAGAGAAGGGUCUUGAUUCAAUUGUUGGAAAAAGUGAUUAAUAUAGAAGAUGUCAAGCGUCAUACCACAAUCUGGAUUAGAGCAUUUCAUUGUCUUCACGUUGGCGAGUAUGGUGGUAAAGUUAAUGAGAUCGCCACAAGGUUUAGAUCUGAGAAAAAUGUUCCUACAAAGAACACGCCUUUGUGUAAGGCAAUUGAAAAUAAGGACACGGAUUCAGCAAUACGGAUCCUCAAGAAUCUUCCCUCAAUGUUUGCUAGAUGUUUAGAUAAGCUAUUACGGGAUUCCCCAGAUGAUAAGAAAAUAUUGUCAGAAUUCUCCAUGAUUGCUGUUGGGGUUGAAUCUAAAGUCUUACUACAAGCAUUGGGCCACUUCAAGGGAAGUAAUAAGAUAGAAAAACGGUCAGUAUUUGCUAAACUGAAUUUAAUGAUGUUUGAAAGAAAGGAAAAUCAAAGCGAAUUGACAACUGAAACUGCCAACAUGGUUAUUGAUACCCUUCGACAAGCAUUAGUUGAAAAAUAUAAAGCUUUGAACCAUUUCAAUGAGAACCUGAAAGUUUAUAUCACUAAAGAAGCUGAAGGUAUUUUACUUCCCAUGCAGAUCUAUACCGGAAGUGAUUCCAACAAGAGAGCAAUAGCUCGAGGCUCAAGAUUGAUGACGGAUGAAUGUGACAUGGACAAAAAUGUCAUUCGGUUCUUUGUACAUUGGAUAGGCAAAAUCGUUGAUCUUGGAGCAGUAUUUAUCAAAGAAGACAUGGAAACAACAAAGUUUAUAAACUAUACUCAUUUGAAAGAAGAAUUCGCUGUUCAUUCUGGAGAUAUAAUCAAUGCCCCUGCCCCCAAGGGAGCAAGUGAAUUCAUCGAUAUUUAUAUAAACCAAGCCUUGAAACUGGGAUAUAGAUAUGUCGAAAUGAAUGUACGGCUGUACCUGGGACCUAAAUUUAGUCAACUUCAACAAUGCUUUGCUGGUUAUAUGAUGAGAAAAGAACAACAAGCAGGAGAAAUAUUUGAACCUUCGACGGUAAAGGUGAAAAUGGAUUUGACUUGUGAAGCCACUGAUAUUAAUCCAUUUAUGUUUGAUUUGAAAACCAGAGAAAUGAUAUGGUUGGACAUCCCAUCCCACCCUAAAGUUUUCUGGUUGAAUGAUCUUAAUCGUAAUAUCAACCAAACGAAGGAGAUAUUAAAGGCGUGCCUUGACUUACCGUUGAUCAAAGUGAAUAUGAAAGAGUUGUUGGAAUUGCAUGUGGAAGCUGGUUCUGCUACAAUUGUUGAAAACCGUGAAGAUUCAAAUUUUGUUGUUGGAUUAGGUGAAGGAGAUUUGGAUCUUUAUGAUUUUGCAACCAUAAAUUCCAAGUGGAUUUAGAUAUGUGUAUAUGAUAUAAUGUAAUAUUAGAAACUACUAAAUUAUCUAUGUUUUAGCUAAUAUUGGGACUGAAAUAUUUAAAAGCUGGGUUUUCCAUCGACUGUAUAUGUCGAAGCUUUAUCCAGGGUGAGUACUAUUGUUUGAAUAACAAUAAAGUCCUGGUAGAACAGCAAGAUGUGUGUUCUCAUGAAGUUGUCUUUUGUCAUUACCUCUUGUUGUGAGAAUCGGGCUUGUUGUGCAACACAAUAAGGACUUUGGAAGGAAAACAAUCCAAAGUUUGCAUUGUGAAACAUCAUCUUAGAAAUGAUGUUGAAAUAUUUUGAAGGCACACCAACUUGUGUUUGUGUACUUUGUUUUGAAUAUGUCUAAAAAGACAUUAGUCAUGUCUAUUCUAAUGUUAUAUAGAUAUAAAUGAUACGUUCUAUAAAAGUUCUGGGUAAAGUAAUUUCAGUGGUUAUACUCUUUCAUAAGACAACACAUAAACAUCUCUUGAAGUCAACUCGGUAUAAGGGCCAUUCAAACUUCCAUUAGGAAUAUUUGAUUGAACAUUCUCAUCAUCAAACAAACACCAAAAUGGAUGAUACAUAUUAUCAAUAUUCAGCAGAUUGACAUUGACGGAUUUGUUGACCACUGAAGUAUAAUGACCACUCUUCAAAUUCCCAAAAUGGUUAAUCAAACCUGAAAGUUUGUAUACUAUUUCAUGGCCGUUGUUAUUGAAUUUAAGUAGUAAUGGAUACUUAAUGACCGUAUCUAGUUUAUCUGUUAAGUUAUACAUUGAAAAUCUUGAUAAAUGGAUAAACAAUAUCUGUGGUAAUUUAACAAAUGUAAGACUUUUAGUUGACACGGUUGUUAUUUGUUUUCCAUUGGUCUUGUUAGGCUUGGUCUUUUUACCUAAUUGGAAAAUCCCGGAUUUUUUGUUCACAAACACGGGGUGGUUAUCUAAUUUAUGCCCAAUUUCUCCAUUACAUCUUGGGCAAUGCCAUGCAUUAUCCCCAGAAAGUACUUCAUCUUGGGUGUAAUAUCUUAAACAGUCAGUCAAAUCAACCAUUUGCUUAUUUCUGAUUCUUGGUAUAGGUAACGACAAAAUGCUGAAUGAAGAAUAACUAAUCAGUUCAUAGGAACAUUUGGUACAAGUUAAUUUAUUCUGUAAAUGACCUUGGAAUAAAUCAUGGAUAGGUGAUGUCCCCUCAUGUUUGAUCAAUGAAUUACACCAAUGUAAAUAUUCAUUCUUGUCCUUAACAUUUAUAUUAAUUUUCCAUUUGCGAAUAUAGUCUUCUAAAUCGUAUCCCAGAACUUGCUUAUUGGCAAACUCAUCAUGAAGUCUUUCUAAUAUGAAUAGUAAAAACUCCUGCGCGUCCUGUUGUUCAUGAGGAAUAUUGAAAUCUGGCUUUAACAAUGAACAUAUUCUAAUGAAUUUGGUAGGAGAUAUUGAUAAACCACCAUUUUGUUGAAAAGUACGUAAUAGGCCAGAUAUCGCAUCAGCUAACAAUACCGAAUUCUUAUUGUGGGAAUUGGGAUGGGCUAAAACUGAAAGAUAUUUUGGAUCUCUAAUGAAUUUUUGAAACCCUUGAAGGAAAAUCGAUUUGAAUGAAUGUAUCCCAAAUAAGAUUUGUACCGUUGAGUUAAUAUAACAUGAUGAUCCAAAAUUACGUAAUCCACACACGGAAAGUUGGUGUAAAACAUCGACCUUAGGAGUAACCACUUGUGGUGGAGGUAUUUGAGGUAAUGGUGCUUGUGGUCCUUGCUGGUAAGUUAAACUAGGUUGAGUAUAUGAAUGUCUAAUUCCUGGUGUUGCACCAUUGUGAUAAUUGGUGAAUUUAGCAUGGGCAGGUUGUUGUCUCGAUUGGUAGUGUUGUUGUUGUUGUUGUUGUUGUUGAUAAUAAUUAUUCUGGAUCUGAGGAACCUGGGGGAUCUCAGAUCUAGGACGAGAAUAUCCAUUGUGAUUUACCUGUGGCAAUGGUACAGAUUCUUGAUUUGUUGGGUAUGGAAUUGUUGGACUUAAUGCAGGAGAAGUAUAUCUUUUCAG